CAGUGUUACAAAACGUGUUCAAUUAAUUGGGGAAACAAUUACUGAUUGCCGCUGUAGGGUUGCAAUAGUCGGUUAUUGUGACUUCGGGCGGAAUCAUGUAUCGGCGACCCUUGCAGUCCGCCGUCAGAAACAUUCUUAGCGUUUCAGCAUCCAGGGCCACUCUCGGAAAGGCAGUUGAACAAGAUGCUUGCUUUGCCAAAGCUUUGGUGGCAUGUCGUAUGGAACAGGCAGUAAGCCCCACUCGGACACAAAGCCGAACACUUCAUAGCACAAGACCUCUGUCCACUGUAAAAGAGACUCCCCAGGCCAGCGAGGAGGAGGUGGGCGCCUUCACUAAACUCAUUGAGGCCAUGGGAUUCACUGGACCCCUCAAAUACAAUAAAUGGAAAAUUAAGAUUGCUGCGUUGCGUAUGUACACGUGCUGUGUGGAGAGAAUCAACUAUGAUGAAUUUUUCGAAAAGUGCUCCCUUCCUGACACGCUCAACUCCUGGUUCUUGGUGGCUCAGCUCCAUGUCUGGAUGUGUUUGGUGCGGAUGCGGCAGCAGGGCAGAGAGGGCAAGUACAUGUGCCGAUACAUCGUCCAUUCCAUGUGGGAGGACGUUGAACAGAGGAGCAAGAUUAUGGGGAUCGAUGCUGUUCACAGGAAGGAGAGUAUGAGGGUGAUGACGGAGACUUUUUACGCAGCUAUAUUUGGUUAUGAUGAGGGAAUCCUGUCAGAUGACUGUGUGCUAGCUGCAGCUCUCUGGAGGAAUCUUUUUAACAGGCAGUGUGAGGAUCCCAGGCAACUGGAGCUUAUGGUAGAAUACGUCCGCAAGCAGAUGCAGUUCAUUGAUGCCCUUGAUGGAGACGACCUUCUUCUGACAGGCGAGGUGAAAUGGCGUCCCCUAAUGGAGGAAAAUGCUCAGAGUAUCUUGAAGCUCCCUAGACCCACAUACAAUGACACUGGUCUCUGAGUCCAGUCGUCUCUGCCUUCAUUACCUACUAUCCUGACAUCUAACUGGGCACUCUGUUGACAGAAUGAGCCAAUCAGGGAUUGCCAUUCACCUGAUAUCCGGUCUCUCUCUCUCUCUCUCUCUCUCUCUCUCUCUCUCUGUCUGUUUCUUUCUCUCUCUCUCUCUCUCUCUCUCUCUCUC